GGCUUUACUGGUUUCAGCGUUCCUUUCAAUAUCAUGUACUGUUAUCACCAUUUUAUUCUGAUCCGUUUCAAUUUCUAUGGACGUUUAGUACAUAAUGUUUAUAAACCUUAACUUUUUUACUCUUUUUUCUUUUUUGAUUAGCUACGAUACAGUGCAGAAUAAUAUGUUCUGCUUUUUUAUUCAACUAUUCAAAUCUUAUUUUUUAUUCAACUAUUCAAAUCAUAUUUUUUGAUUAGCUGAUUGCAGGAGAGAUUAAAAUCAAAGGGAUUGAGCUACAGGAGAGUUGCAGUCUGUCGUUCUUUUCCAUGGUAGUAGGCAUUUUCAUUGGGUUCAUACAUUUAUUCUCUGUCGAUGUUUACAAGAAAAUAGUAUCUAAAAACAAGAUGUCUCUGUUCCAUGAGGGUGUGAUUGAGACUGAAACGAUGGGUACCAGAGUGAAGGAGUCGAAGACAGUUUUAGUAGAGAAAGAGCUCGAACUGAUCGACGAGCCUCAGAUUCAAGAGAGCCCUCCAGUUCGUGCAUUGUUGCAUGAUGAGGUGGAUUUUGCUGAAUCGUCACUUGCUAUUAGAGAAUCUGACAUUCCCGUGAAGAAGGUGCUGAUAAUCGUGACAAUCACUUUUGUUUGGCCACAACAGCCAUAUUACUUGAAGCCCAUGUUUUGAAAGCUGUAUUGGCACUUCUUCUAUGGAGUCACUACUUAUAGAAAAAGCUUGUUCCUAGAGGUGGUUUCUCCCGGCAAUGCAGAAUCUUGAAGCACGUCUAAAGUGGCUUGAUGAUAGUUCUAAAUUUCAACUCCCUGUCAUUACCAGGUGCCAGAUAGGCUGCUGGUCGAUUCCAUCCUGAACAAGUUGCGCCAAAGAUUACAUGAAUAUUGCGUGCCGAGAUCUGUCUUCAGUAAUGCGAUGCCAUCCUGAACAAGUUGCAGCGACAAUUAGGAUAGGAUUUUCCCACGCUUUUUAGUCUUGUGUAUUCCUUUUAUGCUCUUCAUCUUUUUUUCUCAUUAUAUCCACCAAUUAGAUAGUCAUGUAGACUUUCU